GCACCCGUCCUCUAGUACUAGUAGUACUAGCACCAAAGGUAAAGGCCGCACCGAGGGAAACCCUAGCCGCCAUCGAUUGAUUGAGCGGCCACGGCGAUGGAGGUCGAGGCGAUGAGCAGUGCGCUCGCGGGGAUCCAGAUCCACACCAGUGACGGCGAGGGCCGUCGGAUUCGUGGGAGGGAGAACGCCAAGGCGACGAGGCCGCUCAGCCUCAAACUGGUCAAGAACAAGGCCCUGGUGAAGAAGAACCGAAUCCGUCGCGAUGAGAAUCAACCGCCGACCCCAACACGGGACGAGGCAGUGGCGCAGGACCAAGAAAAUCUGCGGCCGCCUCCGACCCGAGACUGGCCAAAGGGGGACUUCAAGGAGGAGGACUCCAUCACCAUGUACCGUCGAACCUGGGAGAGAAGGUGGGCCGACCGUUUCGGCUCCUUCGACGACCAAACGAGUAUCGGUCCCAUGUGCUACACAUCUGAACCACCCACCCCGGAAUACCUUUUCAGAGAACAGACUGUGCAGAUCUUCUCCAUCAGGGUCAGGACCCCAACAGAUGGUCUCAAGUGGCCGCUGCAUGUCCAUGGCUAUGUCGCCACCAGAGACUCAAUGGAUCAUAAUCGCAACUAAGGGAUAACUGCCAAACCCUCACCCAGAAGGAUCCAUUCUUGCUGCUAACGGGCCCAUCCCGUGCGGUAGUGUACCUUGGUCCGAUCACAUUUGAAGUCCAGCUAAAAGUAAAGGGCGAAGGAGAGUCCGAAGAUGAGAUGCUGGCUUUUGGUGUCUUCUACUAUGGUGAUGGGAAUGCUUGUGCACGCAAGCUCUCUAUGUCUGUCCCCUACAAGCGGUGCACACUCGAGUAUGAAGUGGCGCUUCGGCCACGCUCGGUCGAGGCCACCAUCAGUAUCAAGGUCAUUGAUGGGUCAUGGCCAGAGAACCACCAUGGACAAGUCGUUGCCCUCACCUCCGGUGUGGAUGGGAAGGUCAUCCUGCUAGACGGAGAACUGCCCGUCGGUCCGGACGGCGCGAUCGAGCUCUCAAGGCGGGUUGUUUCUGUGGAUUUAAGAGAGAAACUGAUAGUUGCUGUGGAUGCUUCCCUGUCCGGUUUUCCCGCGCAAGCCACCGCCGAAUUCAUGCCGGAGAACUCUGGCAUGAGCGGCCGCAUUUGCGACCUCGGUUCCUGCAAGAUUCAAGUCACCGUUGCUUGGUCCCUUUUUGUUAUUGUUUUGUGAACAGACUCUGUUGGGUGGUGCUUGGUGGUUGCUCGACCGCUUUUGAAACAUAGAUCGUGUUGUGUAGUGUUUGGUGGUUGCUCAACCGCUGUUGAAACACUAGAUUGCGUGGGUAGUGUUUGGUGGUUGCUCGACCGUUGUUGAAACACUAGAUUGUGUGGGUAGUGUUUGGUGGUUGCUCGACCACUGUCGAAGUGUUUCGAAGCUGUCCAGCUCUGUCUGUUUAGCCGUUUUCAGUGGUAGUGUCCCUAAAGCUGUUGAACUGUUCCUGUAUUAUCGUGUCAUGAUACUCGUUGAGCGAGCUGAUGUUAAUUAUGGUACUCAAACUUGUUAUGAUUUUUGCUCA